AUGGCGAAGAGGAAGAAGCCGGUUCGUAAGCCUGAGAUUUCACCUGAUGUUCGGCCUGAGCAGGUUGUGCAAGAGGACCGACAGGAGAUUGGAUCGGGUUUGGGUUCCCAGCCUUUUGAGGAGCUGGGUGAUGGAUUGGAUGCAGAGAUGAAUACGGUUUCUUGGGCGGACAGAUGCGACGAUGGUGAUAGGGUCCGGGAAGGGGAAUUUCAGUCGGACUCUCAGCAUGUCUGGCAAAAAUUUCAAUCGAGAAAAUUGUCAUUUUCUGAACCCAAUCUUGAAUACACAGAACCUAUAUUUAGGAAUGGGCAGAAGCUGGCGCAAGUGGAUGUUGAAGAGGUGAGGAUACAGUCUGCAAAUUGGAGCUCUGCUAUGUUCAAUGACGAAGCUACUAGAGACCAUGUUCUUGAGAAUGGAGUAAUACAUUUUGAUAGGAAACCCGUUAUUAUUAGGCCUUGGACAGCCAAUCUUAGUGCGAUUCGCUUGGUUCGUUCGGUUCCGCUAUGGAUUCAUCUUCACGAUCUUGGGCUGCAAUAUUGGGGGAGCAAGUGUCUUAGUGCAUUGGUUAGUACGAUUGGUAAACCUCUUUUGGUGGACAAAUUCACUAAAGAGCGUUCGCGUAUUCAGUUUGCUAGGGUGUUAGUGGAGAUUGAAAUCACAGAUAAUCCCCCACAAUGCUUCCAGUUUAUCAAUGAGCAUGGUCAGGUGGUUGAUCAAGGAAUAGAGUAUGAGUGGGUGCCUACUAAGUGUAAGAGUUGCUAUGGUUUUGGGCACAAUAUGGCAGAAUGUCGGAAGAAUCUUAAGGCAGUGUGGGCGGAGAAAGUAGCUCAGCCUACUGUAGAGAAACCGUUGGUUAAACCAGGAAACUCAGAGGGAGAUGCAGUUAGGGGUCCUAGCAAGGAAAUGGAGGGGUCUAAAGCUCUUAAAGAUUCAGGAAUGGGUGAAGGUGACAUGUAUAAUUCUGAGAAGAAUAAGUCUGGGCAGGUUACAGAACAGAAUAAGGAAACACAGUGGCAAACACCUAGACGGGUUAGCUCUCAGAGACACGGUAUUUUGGCUGGUUUAUCUAAUGUGGCUGUCUCGGCUCAUAAUCAGGGAAAUCACUUUGAUGUUCUUCAAGAACAGGUUCGGGAUGGUAAAUCUGGGGAUGUUACUGGUAGCUCUUCUAAUGGAUAA